AUGCUAGGAGCCUGGAAGCUUAAAAAUCCAGUGGAAGUACAAGAACUAAAUAAGAACCUAUUCCUCUUUCGGUUCUCAACAAGGAGAGAAAUGGAGAACAUCCUGAAGAACGGGCCGUGGAGCUUCGAUAGGAACUUACUUGUACUCAGCAGAAUUACAGGCGAAGAACAACCAUCGGAAUUGAAUAUGCACUACGGUACGUUCUGGAUCCGUGUGUACGAAUUACCUUUACUUCUUAGAUCUGAGGCAAUGGCAAGGAAAUUAGGGGGUAUACUUGGAGAGUUCGAGGAACUCGACACUAAGGAAGUUCAUAGGAAUGGUUGCUUUUUGAGGAUCAAGGUAAACAUUGAUCUAAGGAAGCCACUCAAAAGAGGAACUGUUGUGCGAUUCAAAGAAAAGAACCUAAGAGUACACUUCAAAUACGAACGUUUGCCAACAUUCUGUUUUAUUUGUGGUAAGGUUGGGCACCAGAUCAAAGACUGUGAGGAAGUGGGAGAUCUAAGUGAAGAGGGGUUUGAAGAUAUAGAAGAGCAAGACCUUGCUUUUGGGGCCUGGCUGCGAGCAUCCCCACUGCCGAGAAUCCAAGAAGAGACAAAAAAAAGGGAUACUUCCUCUAGCUCAUGUAGCAAGAACCUAUUUAACAUAUCGUCUAGCCAAAGCAGAUGCGAGACCGUUGGCAAGAACAAAGAAGUUGAAGAAGAAGAGGUGGAGCAGGAACAAGCUAGAAUUCAAAUUGAAGCCAAAGCCAAAACUCCUACAAGCAAGUGUCACCAAGUGGUUCAAUUGAUGGGAAGCAGCAUAAAUCAGAAAGGAAAGGAGACGGGGAAAGCAAUCUUAGAGAUUGAAGCAAUGGUGGAGUCUUUGGGAGCAGUAGACAUUUCUAAUGUUGGGAAAGAUAGUAAGGAGUUAUUGAAGGAAGGCAAAAGCAAGAAAAGCAAGUGGGUUCGACGACAAAAUAUGAGGAAAACGACUACUGCUAAGGCUGUUGCGAAAGAGAUUGAGUGUGGCAAGCGAAAUUUGGUAGAUGUUAUGAUCAUAGAUGGGACGACAGAAUCAUGUGGAAAAGGAGAGAAGAAGUUGAAAGGCCAAGAGAAGGAGGAACUUACAAAGAAUGGACCAGAGGUGGUGUUGGAAAACCAACACCGCCUACAACAAUGA